AUGCAUCUACUCGAGAGCGCCCACCGCAUCGAAGAGCUUCUGAGCGACGACGACAGCGGCAGCGAUGCCGAGGACAAGCGAUCCAACACCGCAAAAAGGAUCAGGUCCAAGGCCGCUGUCGAGAAGGUCUUCUUCGCCGACGUCAAGCCGUUUGUGCUCGAUGGAAGCGACAUGGAACUACUGCCACAGGACACGAGUGUUCCUGCGUUCAAGCAUGUCCAUGCGCAAAUAUUCGGCCGCAACAACAACGCCAAGCCGACGGACCCUCCGCCCCUGCCAGCAUUGGCCGCCGUUCUGCCCCCCGUGUCGCCAGUCGUCCUGUCUACACAGUCAUCGAGCACUCGCCCCAUGUCGAGCAGUUCCAUGCGGCGGCACCAACCCAAGGGAUCGUGGGAGGUGCCCGAGCCCCUCACUGCCACAGCGGAUGAAGUGACAACGAUUGAGGACUUCAGCUGA